CCUCUACUGUGGGGCUCUGUUACUAUGUUUAUUAUGUCUACACCUCUACUGUGGGGCUCUGUUACUACAUUUAUUAUGUCUACACCUCUACUGUGGGGCUCUGUUACUAUAUUUAUUAUGUCUCCACCUCUACUGUGGGGCUCUGUUACUACAUUUAUUAUGUCUACACCUCUACUGUGGGGCUCUGUUACUACAUUUAUUAUGUCUACACCUCUACUGUGGGGCUCUGUUACUACAUUUAUUAUGUCUACACCUCUACUGUGGGGCUCUGUUACUACAUUUAUUAUGUCUACACCUCUACUGUGGGGCUCUGUUACUAUAUUUAUUAUGUCUACACCUCUACUGUGGGGCUCUGUUACUACAUGUAUUAUGUCUACACCUCUACUGUGGGGCUCUGUUACUACAUUUAUUAUGUCUACACCUCUACUGUGGGGUUCUGUUACUAUAUUUAUUAUGUCUACACCUCUACUGUGGGGCUCUGUUACUACAUUUAUUAUGUCUACACCUCUACUGUGGGGCUCUGUUACUACAUUUAUUAUGUCUACACCUCUACUGUGGGACUCUGUUACUACUAAAUACACUAGAUGACUGAUAGGGGGUGCUGUAUUGAAGCCGCCGUGCCUCCAUCUUGGUAUUCCUCCUUCAUUGGAAGCUAAUAGAAAUUAAUUUAUUAAUGUCUACAUUCGUUUUUUGACAUGUUUAUUCUGCAGAUACCUUAAUGAAUACUUUUAAAUUAUAUUAUGUUAAACAUUAAAAUAGCAAAUAUAUAUAUAUAGUAUUAAAGCAUUUUCCUUUAAGUAUUUUUCCUCCUCUAUAUUAGAGUAUAUAAUUCUGUCCUUGAAACAUUUCAUUCCAUUCAUUCCUAUGGAGGACUGCUCCUAUCGGGGAGUUCCAAUAUGGCCAACUGGUGACUUCAAGCCACUCAGUUGCAAACACAUAGCAUCAGCAAUCUAGGGUUUAUAUACACAUCAUUGGUGAAGACAGGUGUCGUUGCACGUGCUGCCGUGCUCUCCUGUUGUCAAUGCCCCUGUGCUGUCAAGGCCAAGGUUCCAAGUUCAACAUCGUGCCCUCUGGUAGGGCGUGGCCACACGCAUGCCCCUGUGUGAUUGGUUGACAGGGGGCUUAAAAAGGCGGGGCAGGGCAAUCUGGGAUACGUUGCCUUGAAGUUAGAACAUAGGUUAGAUAGCUACUGCAGCAGACAACUCCCCUCUCUCUCCUUCUGUCUCUCGCUUUAUCUAUCUAACAUAAGUUUUUCUCUGUUCCCUUCUUUCUCUCUCUGUCUUCCCUGUCUUCUCUCUCUCUCCUUCUCCCUCUCUCUCUCUCGGUGAGGAGGAUGUCUAAGCCCCAGAAUGGUGAGCCAGGCAGCCCAGCAGGAGUCCCAACAGCAGAUGAUCCAGAGGUGAUGUUCCAGGUGCCUGGUCCAACCGUCUCCUUCUCCAGACUACACUACUCUGUCAUGGAGAGCAAUGGACUCUGCCACAAGAGAGGACCUGAGAAACACAUCCUCAAAGACGUCAGCGGCAUCAUGAGACCAGGGAUGAACGCCAUCAUGGGGCCAACAGGAAGUGGAAAAACAUCUCUCCUGGAUGUGAUAGCAGGUCGUAAGGACCCAGCAGGGUUGAAGUUAGGUCAGGUUCUGGUCGAUGGGAAGAUGGUGGACUCUGACCUCCGGCUCAUGUCUGCCUACGUGGUUCAGGUGAGGGAGUGUGUUGUCUACCUUUUCUAGAAACCUUCACUAUGG